AUGCCCACCGUUACGGCCGCCGCCCCAGCCGGCUGCUCACCUUGCGUGGUGACUCCGGCGCGAUCGAGCAGAGGCAGAGCAUCUCUUUCCGGGGUAGCUAGAGCAUAUGCCGAGAGGCGGUUGGUUGCAGAAAACAUAAGCCUGCCAAACAAGCAUAAAGAGGAACUUGAGACUGGAAUAAGGAGUCAGCUCCGGAGGCCCCAGUUGCCACCUUCUUCAUACGACACGGCCUGGGUUUCUAUGGUGCCGAUGCGGGGCUCUCAUCAGACUCCCUGCUUCCCACAAUGUGUUGAGUGGAUAUUGCAGAACCAGCAGGAUGAUGGAUCUUGGGGUGUCAACCAAUCUGACUCAUCAGUCAGCAAGGAUGUUCUCCUAUCCACGUUGGCAUGUGUUCUUGCGUUGAAGAGAUGGAAUGUUGGUAGAGAGAACAUGUGGAGAGGACUGCAUUUCAUUGAGAGAAAUUUCUCUGUUGCUAUGGACGAGCAGGUCACUGGUCCUAUAGGUUUCAACAUCACUUUUCCUGGUUUACUUAGCCUCGCCAUUGAUAUGGGUUUAGAAAUUCCUAUAAGACAAACUGAUGUCUGUGGGAUUCUUCACCUCCGGGAGAUGGAAUUGAAAAGACAGGCUGUGGACAGUUCUUCUGGAAGAAAAGCAUAUAUGGCUUGUAUCGCAGAAGGAUUAGGAAAUAUGCUGGACUGGGAUGAAGCUAUGAAGUUCCAGAGGAAGAAUGGAUCAUUGUUCAGCUCUCCUUCCACAACUGCUGUUGCAUUAAUCCACAAAUACAAUGAUCAAGCCCUUCAAUACCUAAAUUUGCUUGUCAGUGAAUUUGGCAGUGCUGUACCAGCAAUGUAUCCUUUAAAAAUACAUUGUCAGCUUUCAAUGGUGGAUGCACUUGAAAAAAUGGGAAUUUCUCAGCACUUUGUCAGUGACAUAGAAAGCAUCCUGGACAUGGCAUACAGUUGCUGGUUACAGAAAGAUGAGGAAAUCAUGAUGGACAUAGCAACAUGUGCAAUGGCAUUUCGCCUUUUGAGGAUGAAUGGUUACAAUGUUUCCUCAGAUGAGCUGUCUCAUGUUGCUGGACCUUCCAAUUUUCAUGAUUCACUACAAGGAUAUUUAAAUGAUACAAAAUCCCUGCUGGAAUUGUACAAGGCUUCAAAAGUCAGCUUAUCAGAAAACGAUUUGAUCUUAGAUGGCAUAGGAUCCUGGUCUGGCAACUUAUUGAAGGAUAAGUUGUGCUCUAGUAGGGUGCAAAAAGACCUGAUUUUUGGAGAGAUGGAGUAUGCUGUUAAGUUUCCCUUUUAUGCUACACUGGAGCGUCUAGAACACAAGAGAAACAUCGAACAUUUUGAUGCUUGGGUUCCUCUGAUGCUAACAACAAAAUCCUUGUCUUUUCGUAUCAAUCAAGAAUUUGUAGCUUUGGCUGUCGAAGAUUUCAGUUCCUCUCAAUAUGUUUACCAGGAUGAACUUCAGCAUCUUGAUAGUUGGGUGAAGGAGAACAAGCUGGACCAGCUACAAUUUGCUCGGCAGAAACUGACAUACUGCUAUCUGUCUGCGGCUGCUACCAUAUUUUCUUCUGAAUUGUCUGACGCUCGCAUUUCAUGGGCAAAAAAUGGUGUUCUCACAACUGUGGUUGAUGACUUCUUCGAUGUUGGGGGAUCAAAAGAAGAAUUAGAAAGCCUGAUAGCACUAGUUGAGAAAUGGCAUGCGCACCAUGCAGUUGAGUUCUACUCAGAGCAAGUGAAAAUAGUAUUUUCUGCUAUUUAUACAACAGUGAACCAUCUUGGAGCAAUGGCUUCUGCAGCACAAGGCCGUGAUGUUACAAACCACCUAGUAGAAAUAUGGCUGGAUUUGUUGAGGUCUAUGAUGGUCGAGACAGAAUGGCAGAGAAGCCAAUAUGUGCCAACAGUUGAAGAAUACAUGACAAAUGCUGUUGUCUCGUUUGCACUGGGCCCAAUUGUGCUCCCAGCAUUGUAUUUUGUAGGGCAAGAGGUAUUAGAGCAAGCUGUCAAAGAUGAAGAGUACGAUAAAUUAUUUAGGCUAAUGAGCACUUCUGGGAGGCUCCUCAAUGACUGCCAAAGUUUCAAGAGGGAAGGAAACCAGGGGAAGCUGAAUAGUGUUUCUCUACUUGUCCUCCACAGUGGUGGUUCUAUGUCCAUAGAAGCCGCUAAAAAGGCAAUGCAGAAGUCCAUAGACGUCUCUAGGAGAGAGUUGCUAAGAUUGGUUCUCAGGAAAGAAAGCCCUGUUCCUAGGCCAUGCAAGGAGCUCUUCUGGAAGAUGUGUAAGAUAGUUCACUUGUUCUACUCUCAGACUGAUGGAUUUAGUUCCCCAAAGGAAAUGAUACAACAGCAGCAAGCUUAA